UUGAACAGGUUGUAUAGUUGCAGUGUGAGUUUCUGGGAAUUGAGUCAGCUUCACCUGGCACGUGCGUACAGCUAAAUCCCUCUAAAUAUAAGAUGCUCUGAAAGAUUAGGGGAGGGCCAGUAAAGGGCUGAAGGGGAGGGGGGGCAAUAAUAGGUGAGGUUACUUGGCUGUGAAGAUUGGAUUUAAACAGAUCAGACAGUUUGGAGACAGCAGGCAGACACAUAUGUUAAUGAGAGAUAAAGUUUAAAGUGAGAAACUCUGUCAGAAGGGACACACAGCAGUGAGGAGAUAUAUACAAUAAAAAGCGUGAAGUAUUUUGUUAUCCAGAGCAGAAGUUCGAAAGAGCUUGUGCGUGUGCCAGAUGAUGCCUCCGCAGGUUGCCAGUUCACCGUUCCUGAAGCCUUUCUUUCUGAAGACCCCACUGAACGUCGACAGCCAUCGGCGUCAGCGGCGACACACAUUACCUGCCAGUGAAUUUCGUACUCUCACCCCGCAGGAUGCCAUCAGUGUGUUUGAAAUAGAGAGAGAAGCCUUCGUCUCUGUUUCGGGAGAAUGUCCACUCACCCUCGAUGAGGUGCUUAGUUUCCUGGGCCAGUGUCCUGAGCUAUCGAUGGGAUGGUUUGAAGAGGGUCAGUUGAUGGCUUUUAUCAUCGGGUCCGGCUGGGACAAAGAGAAAUUAGAACAAGAGGCUUUGACUAAACACGUCCCCAAUAGUCCAACGAUACACAUCCAUGUUUUGUCUGUGCACCGUCACUGUCGGCAGCAGGGCAAGGGAUCCAUCUUGCUUUGGCGAUAUCUACAGUACCUGCGCUGUCUCCCGGGUCUGCGCAGGGCCCUGCUGGUCUGCGAGGAGUUCCUGGUGCCCUUUUACAGGAAAGCGGGCUUUAAGGAGAAGGGUCCUUCUGCCAUCACUGUAGGGGCUUUAACCUUUACAGAGAUGGAGCAUCAACUUGGAGGCCAAGCAUAUGCACGAAGGAACAGUGGGUGUUAGUAUCUAUAGCCAAAAUUUGAAAAAGGACACUAUGCUCUCAGCAGUCACGGGCUUGGAGGUUUACGAGCAAAAUAACAGAGACUUACCUAUGCACAUUUUAAAGGGUUGCAGCACUUUCUGGCUACACUAACGUAAUGUUAAGUUGUCUGGAGAAUACUGUGUGUGUGUGUAUACACAUAUCUGUUUGUAUGAUUUACUUUAUUGAAGUAAAAUAAAAUAACUAUCAUAGCUAUUACAAAGCUUUUGAUCAAUGUUUACAAAAUACAAGUUCUAAUAGCGAAAAUCGACUCAUAGAGGGUAUGCAAUGACGUCACUUCCACGUGACCACGCCGGAGCUCGCCCUGUUGAGUUGCAAAACAUUCAACAAAAUGGCAGGUUUUCAUAGCGGCUGCUGCAAAAACGCCAGUAAAACUGAUUAUCAGCUUAAGUUGAAUUUAGUUGGCCUUAACAGUGACCCAAAAACUUGCCAAACAACCAGUAGUCUGUGGACAUUGGCAUAUGGCCAUACAUUGCUUUUCCUGACAUGUUUGUCUUGCCUAACACUAUUAAAACAUCCCACCUUUGUAGAACACAAGGCUCAUCAUAAUCGAUGUUUUUUUAAUGAAGACUCACUGACAAAACGCUGC